AUGGCAAUGACAGAUGACCUUUUGACUUUUGUAAUCAAUGAGAAAAUUGUUAUUUUGGGAAUUGGUGCCGCAUUAGUUCUUGCGAUUGCAUUUUGGAUUUUUGGACGAUGCAAGGAUCCGCGCGGAAACAAUUUUAUCGUAUUUAAUUGCAUCGUGAUAUUAUACGAUUUUAUUUUUGAAACUAUAUUUUUAAUAAAUAAUUCUCGUGAUGUAGAAUUCUUGUUUCUCCCUACGUUACUUGCGUUCUUUACUCCAUUGUUAGUUAACCUUUUGAUGGCGUUUAUAACAAUAAUAGUACAAUGCUGCAUAGUAAAAGAUAAAGCAUUUAAAGAUUGGUUCAGAGAACAUUUUCGUUUUGCUGCUGUCAUGACGAUCUUAGCUGCUGCAGACAUUAACUUUUUACGAUUAGUGUGUUCAGGUUAUGGUAAAUUUUCAAUGUUUUCUUGUGAAUUUUCAACAAGAACUGCAAUGAAAAUGAUAGUUUUAGUCGAAUUUUUUAAUUCGUUUAUUGAAGAUAUUCCUCAACUUACUAUUCAG